AGCAUGUUCCCGCCCCCUUCCGCUCGCCUGGACUGACUCAUCCGCUCCGGUGGGCGCCGCCCGCAGACCCCUCCCUCCCCACGCGUCCGUCCUCCUCUCUCUCUAUAUAUACAACACGCGUGCGCACUCUCCAAGAUCCACGACUCCAUCGCGCGGAGAAACGAACAACCUCGUACAGCGCAGGCGACCGAUCGGCGCGGCCAUGGAGAAGCCGCCGAUCCCGAGCAUCAUCUCCACCGUCACCUACUGCUGCGGGGCGUGCGGGUACGACCUGAGGCUGAGCUCGCUGGCGCGGGACACGGCGGGCGGCGCUGGCGCGAGGCGGCGGUGCGUGGGCGCGGCGGAGGUGGUGUUCGACGCCAUCGACGACGCGCGCUUCGGCCACCUGGAGGAGUUCCGGUGGCUGGACGUGCGCGCCUGCCUCCCCUUCUCGCGCCGCACGCGCCUGCUCUGCCGCAAGUGCGGCGCCCGCCUCGGCUACGGCUACGACGACACCGCCGCCGCCGACCGCCCGCCGCGCUACCACAUCAAGAUCCGGGCCCUCCAGCCCGCCCCCGACCCCUCCGCGGCGCCGUCCGAUCCGUGAUCCGAGGGUCUCGACGUAUUCUUUGAUUGCUCGUGCAUCCGCAUCUGUCUCUUUCUACUUUCGAUCGAAUCUCCUCCAAAGUCGCUCGCUUGGACCCGAAGGAAGGAAUGAAACAGACUGGUUGAUUCGGAUCCCAUCUUGCUUUCUGAUAUUUUUAAGCGGAAUUAUUGGUCUUGACUUGGUUGCGUUGUGGAACUGUAGAAGUCAAAAGUUGUGUACUGUUCCAGUCU